UAAAAGGAGAGAUAUGCAAACUUCUUCGUCCCCAUGUCUGCAGUUGAAUAUUUCUUCGUAUAAACAUUCAUUCCCAUAUUUCCAACACUAAUUUUAAAUGGCAGUGAAGAGGAAGAUGAAAUGGCAGGACUAUUUCCCGGGCUGUUUCAAGCCCGAGGCCCCGGCCCGGGGCAAGAAGAAGCCCGUCGCCAAGCAAACUUCGUUUCCGAGGAUCUCGAUGUCGGAUUUCAGCAGCUCCACCAUAAUCUCCGAGGAUCUCUCCAUCUCCCUCGCGGGCUCCAAUCUGCAUAUCUUCACGCUGCAGGAGCUCAAGGUCAUCACGCAGAACUUCUCGUCCAGUAAUUUCCUCGGCGAAGGCGGCUUCGGCCCGGUCCACAAGGGCUUCAUCGAUGACAAGCUGCGGCCCGGCUUAAAGGCCCAGCCCGUCGCUGUUAAGCUCCUCGAUUUGGAUGGAUCACAGGGCCAUAGAGAAUGGCUGACAGAAGUGAUUUUUCUUGGUCAAUUAAGACAUGCUCAUUUGGUGAAGUUGAUCGGAUACUGUUGCGAGGAAGAACAUAGGCUUUUGGUGUAUGAGUACAUGCCAAGAGGCAGCCUCGAAAAUCAGCUUUUUAGAAGAUUUUCUGUUUCACUUCCAUGGCCAACAAGAAUGAAGAUUGCUCUUGGAGCAGCGAAAGGGCUCGCCUUCCUCCACGAAGCCGAAAAGCCCGUCAUAUACCGCGAUUUUAAGGCGUCCAACAUUCUGCUAGACUCAGACUACACACCGAAGCUCUCGGAUUUCGGACUAGCCAAAGACGGUCCGGAAGGAGACGACACGCACGUCUCGACGCGAGUGAUGGGCACGCAAGGCUACGCUGCACCGGAGUACAUCAUGACAGGUCAUCUGACAGCAGCGAGCGACGUGUACAGCUUCGGAGUAGUACUGCUGGAGCUGCUCACGGGCCGGAAAUCAGUGGAUAAGACCCGGCCCGCGAGGGAGCAGAACCUGGCCGAAUGGGCGCGGGCCUUGCUCAAGAGCCCGCGCAAGCUGAGCCGCGUGAUGGAUCCGAGGCUGGAAGGGCAGUACUCGGAGGCCGGGGCUCAGAAGGCGGCGGCUCUGGCGUACCAGUGCCUGAGCCACCGCCCUAAACUCCGGCCGACAAUGAGCGAAGUGAUCAAAGUCUUGGAGCCGUUGCAGGAUGCCGGCGACGCCCAAAUCGGCACGUUCGUGUUCGUGUCGACGGAUAGCGAUUCGCAGAGAGAAAUAUCGAGCAACGGAGAGAAGCAUAAGGAGAGCGGAUCGUAUCACCAAAAGCAUAAACUUCACGAAACCCAGAAACAGAGGGCCAAGUCCCCUAAAUCGCCGCUUACUUUCUCGGAGAUGAAUUCGCCGCUGCACCACCGCAUGAGGAGAGCGUAGCUGAAAUCACGAAUAAACAAACUGUAAAUGCAGGCUUUUUGUACAUAUAUAGUUUCACCAUUGCUGCUGGUUUGUGUACAAUUACACAUUUAAUCAGGCCAAAUGUAAUCAUCAUUAUCAUUUUGUUAUCACUUUUUUGUUUUUACUUUUUUUUUUUUAAAUUCAUUUAUUUGAAUUUUGUGAUUCUUUUUCUACCAUGAGAAGGAAUGAUUGGUUAUUUUGGGGA